AUGGACAACUAAUACUAAAUAGCCAAAAAUCUGCUACAGUCCAUCAUCAUUAUCAAACAACAAGAUUCCAAUCUAGACUCUGCCUAUUCAUCCAUUUUACUUGCCCUUUAAUCAUAAUUGCCCUUAAAGCAAGAACACUAUACAUCUAUCCUCAUGGAAAUUACCAAAAAAUUGACCAAACAAAUUGAACAGUAUGAUGAAUAUUACACUUCUCAAAUGCUCAAAAUCCUGUAAAAUAUCCCCAAACAAUAAUACAUCGAUCAAUUACAAUGCACCAUCUCGAUCUUGAGCACCUUAAUCAAUUUAUUAGCUAAGGUCAAUCAAACUUUUAUUCCUGACAUUUUCCAAUUAGUUUCACUCCUUAUUGAAAAUCAAAAAGCCCUCCAAAUAGCAUAUCCUCAAUUAUUCAUCAAAAUCUUGGCAUGUCUAUUGAAAUAUAGCAGAGGAGUAAUCCAAGAGAAUGGACUGCUGCUUUUUGAGAAAAUCCUAUCCUUUAUAGUUUCCAAUACUCAAAGCCAAUAUCAACAGUUGAACUUUAAUGUUGCUUCCUUAAAGUAUGAAGAAAACCAAAAUUAUAUAGUACAAUCAAAAGUGAACGAAGAAUUGCAAAAUUUUUGUCUCUUCAUCACUCAUUUACCUACACCCAAACUCAAUAAAUGCUACUCUUAAUUGAUCUCUAAGAUUUUCUAAUAUCCAAAUGGCGGAUAAUACUUUCAUAUUCCCACUCAAAUAUCGUUGAUUAACCUAUACUUUAGAUUUAAUGAGGGUCAAAAUAUUCAAGAAUUUUCAAAGCUUAUAAUUUAGAUGAACUAAUCAUAACAAUUGCGAAUCUACAAUGAAUUAGAGGAAGACUUAGAAUUCGAAUUAAAACGAUUCCAUUCUUUGCAAAAUGAAGUAGACACAUCAUAAACUAUUGCAAUAAUCAGAAAAAUUAAAUGGUUGAUUUACAUCAUUGUUGAAUUCUAGAAGAAACAACAAAAUUAAUUAUAAUAUGUCUAAAUUAGUGAAAAAAUUAUUAAGUAUUUGCUUUUAGGAUUGUAAUAUAAGUGGAAUCAAAUUGUAGUAUCAGUCGAUUAGUAGAUUACAACUCUUAAUUCAAAUCUAAAUUUAUCAAUCAAGAACACUAUCAACAAACUGAAUCUUGAGUUAAUGCCUAUUCUUAAUAAUGAAUAAAGUAUCUUAAAUGAGAUAAUCAGUCUUCUCAAUAAUUUAAACGAAAAUGAAAUAAUCAAUGCAUAUUUAGAAAAUAAAUUGGAAAAACAACUGAAUAAAUUAAUCUAAACUAUAAUUGUUGAUGACUCAUAAAUUAUCAAAAUCUAAAUCACUUAGAUACUAUAUACAUCAUCCAUUCUAUUUAUUCUAAACAAUGUAUCCUCUACUUGCAAACAUGAUUCAUAUUAUUUCAAAAAUUUGAUAAAGUAGUUCAGCAUGCUCAUUUUCAAUUAAAAUGCUCCAUACAACACUAUAUUUUAAUCUUAGUUAAUUAUAUACAGUAAUCUAAUUUACCAAGGAAUCGAUGAGAAGGAAGAUCAAUUUCUUUAAGUCUUAUAUUUAGAUUAUUUGAUGUGUUAGAACAGCUAAUCUACAGUCUUGAUUACAGAAAUAAGUUAGAACUAUGUCAAACAAUUUAACAUAUAUGAUCACAUUGCUUCAAUUCUCUAUAGGAACAUUCAAAAGAUUUAAGAGUCCAAUCUCUAAGUUGAUUAAGGCAAUUCCUUACAGACUAUUUUGCAUAUCUACUCUAAAUUCGAUGGAUAUAAUUAAGGCUUAGACAUCAUAUACUAAGUCUUGAAGACUAUAUAUUAAAUCUAUGAUAAGUACUACUUGAAAUCUGAUAUUUUGUUCACCCAAAAGUAUCUACAGUUUCUGAUUCUAUUUUUCAAACAGUGGAUUAAUCCUUCAUUGAAUAAUAAUAUCGUUACAACAUUAAGACAGAUAGCAUUGUCAUUAACAUAGUUUUUCCAUCAUUCUUAAGUUCACUUUCAAGCAUUUCAAUGCUUUUACUAUAGCAUACCAAUCCUAGCCAAACAGGAAUUACAGGAAUGCAACCCUAAGUCUAUAUUUGGAAUGAAUGAUGAUCCCAAUGUAAAGGUUGUAGAUACCUUAGGUACUAUAUUUUUUGAGCAAAGAAAAUCUUUUGAAUUCAUUUUAACCCAAGACAAUUAGAUCUCAAAAUUAUAUAUUUGGAUGAUCAUAAAAGAAUUAUUUGUAUAUGACAGUUGUUCAGGGUUCUUUUAAUUAAAAAGCAUUUAGUAGUUUUUAAAACAAUACCUAGUAUUUGAAUAGGAGGAGAAUUCUAAUUCAAUAAAGAUUUAUGAAUAGAUACUCUAAUUUCUAAUACUUUAUUGCAAUAAGCAUGAAUAAAAUCCCAAUUUAAUAGAUCUGUUAAAAUAGGUCGAAUUUUUCAUUAAAAAAUGUGCAAGGUUUGAAGCAAAUUAACUAAAAGAGUAUUGCAAUUAUCUAAAUUAAAAAUUGUCACUAAUAAAAUGA